UCGGUGCUGCGAAAAUCGAAGCCACUGCGUCCUCGUGUAUAAAUAAUGAUUAGUCCUAGUGCUAGAAAGAUCAUAAGUCAGAAAUCAGCGCCCGAUACUAAUAGAGGGAGAGUAUAGACAACUGACAAAGCGAGGGAGAGCUCGCGAACUGCGCAAGCACACGUGCGGUAGUGUGUAUAGAUACUUAUACGUAUAUAGCUGUUGCUUAUACGUAGAGAGGGAGGCGAAGUUCGCCGCCCCCUCCGCUCGCGCGGCUCGUAUCGAGGCCGCGAGGGAGAGCUCAGUGCGCGUUCCUCGGCCGUCCGAGACACUCGACUCGUCUCCUGUACUGUCGUAGCUCUCCCAUUACUCGUCUUCCGCGAAAAAGGAGCGGCGACGAAGGAACGAUAUCGCGCUCGAGGAGGUGUCCCGCGAGGUCACUCGAUCGACGGAUUGCGAUAGAGCGAAGGUAAGGACGAGUCAAGUCUGAAGAUCCGCUGGUUCGCGGCCAGAGGGCCCAGGAGGAGCACUGGCCAGCAGCGGCGCCGGCAGCAGCUGCUGCACCAGCUGAUGGAGCCCUCGCGGCUGCCCAGAAGCCCUGCGCCCAGGCUCGUCUUCCUCUUCGCCACCCUCGUGCUCACCUGCGCUGCGACGGGUCUGCUGUGCGCGGCGAUAAUGUCGGACCACUGGGAGGAGGUCGACUGGGACAGGGAGGCUCUGGAGCGCGCCAGUUCCCACUCGAUAAAGUGGCUCCUGGACGGCAAGGUGGGACGCAUCGAGCCGCCGUCCGACAAGCAUUCGGAUCACGAGCAUCAGCACAACGGCUCCGGACGACGAGUCGUCGCUUCCAAGCCCAGAUCCAAGAACGCGCCCGCUUUCCUCGUGCCCAUGCACGGCGGCAUCUGGACCCUCUGCGUCUCGCUGACAGAUGAAGAGAUCGACCUGCUGGCGACCCAACUGGGUUUUCCGCAAGAACGAUGCAUCAACUACCUGACUCCCGACGAAGCGCACGAGGAGAUGCGCGCUGCUUGGCAGAAUCGAAUGCAGAAUUUGAGCAUAUCCUGCUCCCUGGUAUGUCUGAUCAUCCUCGGCUCAGCCGUGAUAGUCGGCUUCUUCGGCCUGUGCAGACACCAGAUCUCGGCGGUUCUCGUCACCGGCGUCAUGUAUCUUCUGGCAGCAACUUUUGCCCUCUUCACUCUAACGAUAAUCCACUGCAAGCGCUCGCAAGAGCGAACGAUGGCCCGUCCACUGGCAGUAGACGCUCCCGAGGAUGGGGUUGUAGGCGGUCCCGUAGAUCGGAGUCUACUCAAGGCCCGGCGCUUCAGCACCUCCUGGAGCAUGGACUUUGGCUGGGGUGGCGUCACCCUCUCGGCCCUUGCAUCCGUCGCCUGGAUCCUCCUCAGCAAGAUCAUGCGCUUCAGCCCCAUCUCCGCCAUGAUCGCGUAGCAGCGCGAGGCCUUCGAGGUCUAAAUCUGCUCUAUCGACUGCCGAUCCUGCCUCUCGCGACGACCCCUGCAUCCUGAAGACACGGCUCUUUCGUCGACCCUGGACGAACGCGCGGUGAUGCUCUGAUUCCCUGGUUCGUUCGAAUGCUGCUGUCAUUUCUCUUUCAUCGGGCUGCUGUUGGAGCGGAUAUUACGUCGGUAUCGUUUCUAGGGGGUGUUCGAGUCGUGCUUUUACCGACUGUGAAUAUGAACAUGUUGUAAAUAUUUAGUUAUAAGUCAUACGAUAUUAUGUAUAGUUAUUUUGCAAAAUGAUAUAUUGCGGCGAAAACCAAAUAUUUUAAGGCUUGAACUUGGGUGUUAUUUUUAUAAUUAUAGAGCUAUUUGUUCAUUCAGCUCAGUCGGUAAAAGCAGAAAACAGUGACUCUUGCACCGCCUAAAAUAUAGGUUUGAGAAGCUAUAGAAAAGAAUUGUAGAAAAGUAGGAUAUCAACAGAGGAUAGAUCAACGGACGUGGUAUGAUUUGCUUAUUAUUGUUUUUAAUUAGAGUAAAGAUAAUUUUUAUUAAGUUUGUAAUAUCAUAAACCGUAUUUUUUACAUUUUAUGUCGUAAAUUUUUAUAUUUAUAGAUUUAGUGUAUCGGAUUAAUUUUAUAUUACGAAAGUAAAGUCUAAUUUUAAUAUGAGUUUAAACUUUAAUAAGAACAGAUCUGCGCAAGCUACGAGUUGAUAUUUAUACAGGAAACUUCUAAACUAAAAAAUACUUCUAAGAUUUUCUCGCACGUCCUCACGUAUGCUGCAGAAGAAGGAAACGUCAGAAACAAAAUUGACAAUUACGAAAUAGGAAGCUUGCACUUUGAGACAAUCAAUUAUUGUUAACGAUAUUUCAGCUUUUAAUACAAAACUUUUAUACAGUACGUUUUUUGUUAAGCCAAUACGUAAAUGUGAUAAAGAGUUGAAUUUUAGAAGUUUUCUGAUAAAGUUUCGUAACACCGUGAAAUGGAUCUACAAAAUGCGUAUCAUUCAUCGCACCGGAUACCCUAAACCUACGGGCUACGAAGCAAAAAUUUCCCGCCAUCGCUGAAAGUCGUGAAGGCAGUCGAAGAAACCUCGAAGGCGCCAAUAGCUGUAAAAUUAUAAUUAUUUUGCUGCAAAGACUCUUAUAUAUACGUACCUUUCGCGCAUGAUAGCAAGUGCGCGUUGAAUAAUAGGUAUAAUGUUAACGCGAAAUACCGUAGACGUUGUUGUGCAAUACUCUAUUAUAUACCCGCUGAAUAAUGAAGAUGUGCGUUUCCAGUAUUUGCAAUCCGUGAAAAAAAAAGAAUGUCGAGCGGAAUUUAUAAUUUUUGCAUUUUUGUAACGAGUCCAUGCGCACACCGUGUGUAAUCUCACGCGAGAUUUUUUACCCUCCGAUGCGAAGAGGGACAUCGAGAGAUCGACACGUGGAAGUGACAAAUAAUGUGAAAGACGAAAGAUUCGUGAUAUGCGGUCAAUUUAUAUCGAGAAGAGUUGGACGUGCAAACGAUUGCGCUGAUUUAGUCUGUGUAUCGGCGAAGAUUUCAAUAUACAUCAGUGCAAUUCUGUCUGAACAACGCGAUUCUAUACAGUUAAAUACUUUUUCAUUAAUUCGAAAUGCAGAAGAGUGUGUGUAGAGUUAAUUAUAAGAGAGUAGAAGUACUUCGUUGUGAUUCGCCAUUAGAACUGUUCAUUAUAGACAAAAACAUGUUUGAAGAAAUAAUUGUGGUUUUACGCAAACUUGGCAGAUAGUAUAGAACACUUAGAUCAAACACAUGUAUAAGAUGAACUAUUUAUAGGAAUAAUACCAUAUAGAACUUUGACUAUGCGAUUAGACUGGCAGAUGAAAUUUCGAGUUUCGUUUCUAUAUAAUAUAUUAGACGCGCACUCAGACAAAAUGUGUGUUAUAAACAAAAUACGUAUUUCCUUCCGCAGUUAAGAGAUGAAUUAAAAUAAAUACCUAUAAUCGUGAUGCUCAGCUUUGAUGGAAUUGUGCGCGAUACGAUGCCUUAUAGUACAUCUAAAUUAAAAAAUCAACAUCAACGUUUUGACAAUUUCAAAUUGCGUUUAAACUAUGAAGAAUUUGUUUCCACGUUCACCGAUAAUACCUAUUGUACCGAUAUCAUACACUAAACGCUGCGAUGUAUAACGUAAAAGGCGUUACCGGCGCAUUUUUAUAUAAGCUUAUUAUAACACACGCGGCAUUUUAAUUGGAUGAAACAUACGUAUAUUUGUAUAUGCAAGGGGGUGAGCUCGAGCAGUUGAAUAAAUUGAACAGAACGUUUCGAAAACGUUCGCUCUGCGUCGGAAGAGAGAUUUUGUUAACAAAUAUCGAACAUCCCAUACACACGCAGCUCAUAUACAAAGUACCGUAAAACAAAACGCCUUAUAAUACUGCAGAACCAGCUUUUGCUAUGGACUAUUUCGUAAGCUAUAUGUAUAUAAUAAAUCAGCAAGUGUAAAUAAAUAAGAGGCAUAUAAUUAUAAGCUACCCUACUCAAAA